AUGAAGGAUCAAUUCCUAAGUGAGGCAACAAAACUUGCAACUAUCUGCACAUGUCAAAAAAAAGCACAGGCAAAUGAUAAACUGCUAAAAUGUCACAAUGAACAGUGCUCAAAUGGUAAAUUUUUUCAUCUGUCAUGCAUGUCUUACAAACGUUAUCCAAGCAAUGCAAGAACAACCUGGCUUUGCUAUAACUGCAAGAUUACAGCACCUAAAAGUAGACCAUCAACACCAGCUCAAGGGGAUUCUGAUUUGUUAGGAGAACCAGCUGGAACACCCGAUAGUGUAAUGUCAGCCCCCAUUAUUAAUGAUUCAAGCUCCCAAAGUGAUAAUGAUUUGAAGGCGGAUUCACCUGCAACACCAAUCAACAUCGGUGCAAACACCCCACAGGAUAGUGAUGUGGAAGGAGGAUCAUCCCCAAAUCCUGACCCAGAUGUUUUGUUUGUCAAAGAAACUGUCAACACAAAUGUUAAUAAGACGGGUUCACUAGGGAAUCUGACUGAAAGAGAAUUUGCAUUGAUGGAGGAUACACAUGGCUGGUUAGACUGUUCUAUAAUCCACCAGGCACAAAUCCACCUCAAACAGUUAAAUCCGAACAUUGAAGGAUUUCAAAGGCCAACACUUGGUCCAAUAACAGCCUUUGACAUUAUCAGUGGUGAAUCCAUACAGAUUUUGAACACUGGAGGUAACCACUGGGUAUGUUUAAGUUCCAUUGGUUGCUCCAGUGGCCAUGUUAAUUUAUAUGACAGUUUUUUUCAUGAUGUUAUCUGUGACGACAUUGAGGAACAGGCAAGAAGUCUACUCGGACAGGAAUUCAGGGGAAUUAAUGUUGUCCCUAUUCAGCAGCAACUAAAUGCAUCUGACCGUAUUUGCUAUAGCAUUUGCUAUGAGCCUUGUUUUUAUGCAAGACCCCUUAAGUAUUCAAUCUGA